AUGGAUCCCGUUCUGGGCACCUUCCACAAUCGGGAAGCAAGUGUUGGGCUACAAGCAAAUUCUGUGAAUAUUACUGGGGGAGUAACUAUCAAUGGUGCCGAUGCUGCUGCUGCGUCACAAAGAGAAAAAGAGAUCAAAGUCCUCAGUGCGCUCUAUAAAUCGACAAACAAGAAUCGGAAGGACAGAAACCCGGAUCGAGUUCCUGGGACAUGCAAAUGGUUUACAACCCACCAAACUUUCCGGGAUUGGAAAUUCAGCCCCUCUUCUAAGAUCUUGUGGGUAUCGGCGGAUCCUGGAAGUGGGAAAUCGGUGCUUGCGAAAUAUUUAGUCGAUUCAAUCCUUCCGAGUACCGAAGCGAGAACGACCUGCUAUUUCUUCUUUAAGGACGACUUCGAGGGGCAGGGGAGCGCUGUAACCGCCCUAUGUUGUAUUCUGUACCAACUUUUCAGCAAAAAACGGAUACUACUGUCGAAAGAAAUAAUCGAGAGGUUCGAAAUUGCCGGAGAAGGGUUUUCGAGCAAUUUGACUGAGCUCUGGGACGCCUUCAUAGUUACUAUAAAGGAUAAUAGCGCUGGUGAAGUCGUCUGCAUUCUUGACGCAUUGGAUGAGUGCAAAGGAAAUGAACGAUCUGAUCUCAUCGGAAAAUUGCAGAAGCUGUACAGAAAGACCAAUGAAUCCAAUGUCAAAUUUCUGGUGACAAGUCGCCCAAUUUUCGAAAUCCGCAACGGUCUUCAUCACCAAGAGAUUCCAGAGUCCUCCCUUAUUCACCUGAGUGGCGAGAGCGAAGCCGAGAUACUCAAAAUUUCUCAGGAAAUUGAAAUAUUCAUAAAAGCAAGGGUUGAAGGAAUUGGAGAAAAGGCUGGCCUGACAAGAGCGGAAAGAAGUAUGUUGCUGGGAAAACUGACAAGCGUGAAAAAUAGGACCUACCUAUGGGUCUAUCUUACCCUCAACUUAAUCGAGAGUGAUCCUAGGAUGAAUAUCGAUAUCAGCGAAAACAGAAUACAAAAUAUUACUUCCCAUCUUCCGACAACGGUCAAUGAAGCUUACGAGCGGAUUUUAUCCUCGAGCCGCGACUUGGGGGAGGCGAAACUGCUACUAAAAAUUUUAAUCGCGGCGGCGCGACCUUUACGGCUACGGGAGAUGCGUCUAGCGAUGCAGUUAGCUGCUAGGGACAAUUAUCACUCCUACAAAGGACUUGGAAUGAUCAUGGAGCAGUCAGAGCAGCGUAUUCGCGACUAUAUCCGAGACCUUUGUGGCCUCUUUGUCGUGGUCAUAGAAUCUGCAGUAUAUUUGAUACAUCAGACUGCAAAAGAGUUCCUAGUUUCCAAUGAUAGGAGUGGGGCUUAUCAACAUGUCGGACAAAGUUUGCAAUGGAGGAACUCACUUCAUGUGCGGGAUUGCCACCUGGUUUUAUUCUACAUUUGCGCCCGACAUCUGUUCUUUGCCGAAUUUGAGUCUGACCCACUAAGUGCGGAGGAGUCAGUGCCUGAAUACUGCAAAAAGUAUGUGUUUCUCGAGUACUCCGCCAACCACUGGGCGGCCCAUCUCAGAAACUCGAGGAUUAAUCUUGUUGAGAGAGAGCUAGAGUGGAUCUUGGGGUUGUGUGAUGCAACUUCAAAACGCUGUACAACUUGGUUUAGAGUUUACUGGGCGGGUACCAAUACAAAUUUCCCGAGCGGGGCAACAAGAUUGAUCAUAGCGUCUUAUUUUGGGCUUCUAAAUGUCGUCAAGCUUGUACUUAAGUCGCGAUUAGAUGAAAGGGCCGGUAUAAAUAGGGUUGACGGUGAGUAUCGACGGUCAGCGCUAUCUUGGGCAGCGGAAAAUGGGUUUGGCGACGUUAGCAAAGCGCUGCUGAAGGUUCCACGGUGGAGGGGAAUUUCUGCGGUGGUUAAAAGAAAAGCUAAGGUUAACAUUGUAGAUGCAUUCGGGCGGACACCAUUGACUUACGCGGUUUGGGGUCGUCACAUAACUGUGAUCAAGCAGUUGCUGGAAGCUGGUGCUCGGGUGGAUUUGGAAGAUGAUGUUGGGGGGACGCCGAUUUCAUAUGCAAUUUGUAGCGGAAGCGAUGAUGUCAUCCAACAACUAUUCAAAAGGGCCGAUGGGAUCGACUCGAGCUCGCGGGGUUCGAUUAGUGGAGAGCUGUUGCGAUCAGCUUCGGAGAAGGGCCGUGAGGACGUUGUUGAGCUACUACUAGGAACGGGUCAUGUAGACAUCGACUCGAGAGAUCAGAAAAGACGGACGGCACUGAUGGAGAGUGCGCGUUGUGGGUAUUAUAAAGUGGCAAUGUUGUUGAUAAGUAAUGGUACGAAUAUAGAGGCAGCUGACGACAAUGGGAAGACGCCACUAAUGUGGGCUGCACGGGAAGGGCAUGAGAAAAUAGUUCGGUUGCUCUUGGAGAGUAACGCAAAUAUCGAAGCGAAAGAUGACACUGGUUGGACGCCACUGAUGUGGGCUGCACGGGGAGGGCACGAAACAAUAGUUCAGUUGUUAUUGGAGGGUAACGCAAAUAUCGAAGCGGUGGAUUCUAAGGGUGGAACACCGUUAAUGCAUGCCGCAGGUUGGGGCCAUCGAAAAGUAGUUGAGCUGUUAUUGGAGAGCGGUGCAGAUGUCAAUGCGACGUAUGAGCAGAGUUGGACACCGAUAAUGUGUGCUGCAGGAAACGAACACGAUGGGGUGGUCCGGAUGCUGUUAGGCCGAAUGGAUCAUGUCAAGUGCUGGAAAGCUGUUCUGGACGUCUGGCCGAGGAUACCAGGUGACCUAAUAGUUCGGUCGCUGUUAAGGAGUGGCUUAGAUACGGAGGCUACCGAUGAGUUUGGUAAGACUCCGUUGGUUUGUGCCAUAGAAAUGGGGUACGCAGAUCUGGCUGAGAUUUUGGUAAACGGUGGCGCGAAUCUGGAGGCGACCGAUCGGGAUGAUAUGACGCUGCUGGCUCUUGCGGUUCGUUGGGGGUUCUGGGAAGUGGCUGGGCUGUUGCUAGACAAAGGAGCCAGUUAA